AUGAAGUUGAGACCAAGCGGUCAGGGCUUCCCAACGCCCGGUUCCAUCCCUGGCCGUGGUCGCCGCGACCCGCCUGCCCUCGCAACUUUCAAUAGCCCUGGUCAUCCACGAAGGAGGCAGCCGCGAGCUCUUCCAGACGAGGCCAAGUUCGACGUGGGUGAAAACAAGGGACUUCCCGGCGUGUCAUCUGCACUUACAGGAACGGUGCCAAGACUUGGAACAAGAGAGUUGAGGAAACCAUGGGAUAUGGAGCUGAUUGACUGGCCCAUUCCUAUCAUCUGGAGACUUCUCCUCCUCCUCUGUCCUCAUCUCUUCCAUCUUCCCCAGCCUGUCCGUCUGGUGUCUGCUUCAAGCCCACGUCAGGACGAGCGAAGAUCAGACAGUAAGCCGCUCGCUUUCAGCAAGUUCCGGUAG